UAAUACCUGAGGCUGAAUCGCCCAGCAAUUUGAACUCUUUUAACCUUUAAAGAAGAAAAAAUACACCUUACUAAACGAAUAGGAAGUAUUUACCUGUGGUCUUUCAGAUUGCUGACCUCUCCCGACCUUUGCAAGAACCAAAGGUCAUGGAUUGUUGUCCUCAGCACGUCCACUUGCCGUUAAACACGGAAAUAUCGGCAGCCCGAUCGCCCGCCUAUAUAAAGCCAACAGCCAAGAUCUCAAAAUUCAUCAUUCCUCACUGCCAAAAUGCAAAGCUGCUGCAUCUUGUUCUCCGCUCUGGUUGGCGCUUGUCUCGUCUUGGUUCCUGGAAACGCCAAGGCAGAAAAUGAGCAGAUUCAAUUCUUGUUACCUCCUAUUAACCCUGGCGACGCACCUCAGCCAAUGUCAGCCGUGGAUGAGUCAAAUGAGGAGGACAAGAAAUUAUUGCUACCCUUGCUGGCACUCAAGCCGCUUGUGAUUGCUAGUGGUUUGUUGGCGGGUAACAAGUUGCAGAAAAAGAAGCCCUCCACUCCCCGACCAAAUAACUCGGUCCCACCCGCCGAAAACACUGUACUGGUGUCCAUAGGUGAUGAGACUGAUGACCAAAAAGAAGACACACUCGAAGAAGAGGCCAGGAAAUUGUUGCUGCCACUUUUGACUCUGAAGCCACUGCUGUUUGCUAGCAUAUUGGCUGGUAGCAAAUUACCUGCCAGUUCCAUCCCGAAACCGGGAAUUGGCUUUACGAUAACCAAACACGAGUCGGCCACAACCAGCCCACCUGUAACCACUACUCCCGCAUCAACUACGACCACGACCACGCAAAAACCUACGUCGAACACAACGACAACACCACCUAUUGAUAAUACUUGUGUCUCUCUCAACGGUUUCCCGUGCUAUCGCUUGCCGUCCGGCUGCGUCUGUCUGGUCAGUACCCAAAAGCCGUGGAUUGAUGCGUAUAAUUACUGCGCGGCCAACGGUCGCAAACUAAUCAGCAUUCCGAAUGUGGCCAGGCAGCUAGAGAUCAGCACUUACCUGCCUUCUGUGAUCGGAAAAGAUAAAGUCGAUAUCUUUUCAUACAUUGGUUUCUGGACGUCUGGAAUCUACGCGUUGACUGCCUACACCUGGGCCAGCAUUCCACAGUACUUUACUUACACUAACUGGAUUGUGGGCAACCCAGACAUCACUAAUCUACCCAGAGCGACUUGCAUCCGUGCAGCCCCCGCCGAGAGCUACAAAUGGGAUGACAUCGAUUGUGGACAGUUUUUACCUUUCAUCUGUGAAUAAUUCAACUGCCACUGCAAAAUUCAGCAUUUCACAAUGUUACUCAACCGCUCGACCAAGUUCUUCGGAAAAAUUGGUCCAUGAAGUUUCUAUUUUGCAUUCGUUAUUUAUUUUCCUACUCUGUGUUCUCCAUGAUAUCGCCGAUCACUAAUACCACUUACAAUCACAGAAUCUCUCAGGGUUCUUUUCAAUAGAGACAAUUUGAUUACUAC